GGCAAACCAAAGAGAACCCUGUACAGUAAGAAAUAUGGCGUGGACCUCAUCAGAUAUACUCAUGCAGCAAAUACAGUCGUUUACAGCUCUAAUAAAAUAGACGAUACUAUUCGUUACCUGUCCUUGCAUGACAACAAAUACAUCAGAUACUUUCCUGGACAUAGCAAAAGGGUGGUGGCCUUGUCCAUGUCACCUGUGGAUGACACUUUCAUUUCUGGGUCUCUUGAUAAGACCAUUCGACUCUGGGAUCUCCGGUCUCCUAACUGCCAGGGCCUCAUGCAUCUACAGGGCAAGCCAGUUUGUUCUUUUGAUCCAGAAGGGUUAAUUUUUGCUGCCGGUGUCAAUUCUGAAAUGGUCAAACUCUAUGACCUUCGUUCUUUUGAUAAGGGGCCAUUUGCAACAUUUAAGAUGCAGUACGAUCGGACUUGUGAGUGGACAGGACUUAAGUUCAGCAACGAUGGCAAACUCAUCCUCAUCUCCACCAAUGGCAGCUUCAUUCGUCUCAUUGAUGCAUUCAAGGGAGUGGUGAUGCACACGUUUGGGGGUUAUGCCAACAGCAAAGCUGUCACACUGGAGGCCUCAUUUACUCCAGAUUCCCAGUUUAUUAUGAUCGGUUCAGAGGAUGGCAAGAUCCAUGUCUGGAAUGGAGAGAGCGGUAUAAAAGUAGCUGUGUUGGAUGGCAAACAUACAGGCCCCAUUACCUGUUUGCAGUUCAACCCCAAGUUCAUGACCUUUGCCAGCGCAUGUUCCAACAUGGCCUUCUGGUUGCCCACCAUUGAUGACUGAUCCUGAUGCUGUUUGGCUAUUUCUGUACAGUGAGUGUGGCCAGCAGGAAAAAACUCAGAGGGACUGAUCUAAUAUUGGGACUGGAUCAUUUGACUGGGCUGGAGAGCAUCCUUCCACCUGGCCUUCCCAUGGAUGUGCUGUACAUCUGCUCAAAAGAAAAAAAAGGACUUUGCCAAGCUUCUUCAAAAGGACUCUUGGUGGGGCAGAUUCAAUUGGGACUCACAUUUUCUAGCUGUCAACUGCACCAAGCUCCUCCAGAGGAUGACCAGACUCAUGAUUAGGGUAUAGUGGGGCCCUUAAGGCGCCUUCAAUUUUGAAUGUAUUUGCUGCUGAGGAGCUAAUGAAGUUAUUAAUUCUGCACAUCCCCUCUCUUACCCCCAUAAAUGCAUGGGAAGCCACAGUUCUGGUUUUGAGAUGUUAGAGCAGCUCAGUGCCCCUUGCCCUCACCCUGCAUGUCUUAUUACUGGGUCUCCCUGUGUCAUUGUGGUAUAAUCCACAACUAUAUGUUACUUAGGUGCCAAACAUUUACAGAAAUAAGUCUUCAUAUAUCUUGGGGUCAGAAAGGGACAGUUACAGAAAGACCUUGUUUGCUAGGAAGAGUCAAGUUAUAGUCAUUUGAGGGUGGGUGACCUAGACAUGCCUCAGGCUCUGGGUUUUAGGUGGGAAAAGACCCAAGAACCUGAAAGGGAGGAAGAGGUAGCAGGUGAGUUCCUAGGACUGGGAGGUAUAGCAGUAGCCUAGUGUGGUCCCUUCUCAUCAAGACAAACCAAUGGUCCUCCUGGGUGCCUACCCAGUGUGGUUGUGUACAAAAGCAAGGGAGUCUAUUUUUGUACAUGAGAUACAUCACACUUUCCUGUGGGGCCAGUAUUGUGGAGUGAGUUUGAGUUGUUUACACUGAUGCCUUCCCUGCCCACCACAAAUUGUGUAAAUAGUCUUCUGAUGAUACUAUCCCUUCCCAGCUCUUAACCAUGAGCUGGCUCCAGGCCUGUGUUAUAUGUUAUAUUAGCCUUUUUAUAUAUGA